CAACGACUUAUUUGUAUUGACUAAAAUCGAGCCGUGACGUCUGAAUUCUUCUUGUUCGAGAAGAAUUACAUCUAUAAUUUGUUGACCGACGACAAUUUCGCCUUAAAAUGUCCUUGUUGCAAUCAAGUGUUGAAAUCAGGCGAAGUAGAAGAUUGACACGGCACGCAUUCAUUUCUCUUCAUCCACCGAAAAAUUAGCCAUGAUGCAUCCCUUCCACACCAGGAGGCCGAGCCUGGUUCUCAUAUCUCUAUCCUUUCUGCUGGGUCUUGUGUGCGGAGCCAAAAUAGAGCCCACCACUUUCGUCUUCAACCGCUUCAACGGAACGGACGGGCUCAUUCUUCUAGGAGUUGCUACAGAGGUAAAGCCCAAAUCGGCUCUCAUGCUCACAAAUCACUCGCACUUCAUCAUGGGCCGCGCAUUGUAUUCGUUGCCCGUGCAGAUGAAACCACACGGAAACAACAGCACUGUUUCGUCCUUCAGCACCACCUUCGUUUUCUCCAUGCUUCCCCCGCCCUCCGACGCCGGCGGCCACGGUAUCGCCUUUCUCAUGACGCCCUCGCCCAAAUUCUCGGAUGCCCUCUCUGCCCAAUACAUAGGCCUCCUCAACUUCACCAGUAACGGCCAUGACUACAACCAUCUCUUCGCAGUCGAGUUCGAUACAAGCAAGAACGUCGAAUUCAAGGACCCAGACGACAACCAUGUCGGGAUCGACAUAAAUGAUCUCGAUUCAAUCCAAACAAAGGAUGCCGGUUAUUGGGACGGAAAGGAUUUCAAGCCACUCAGCCUAAAAAGCGGCCGGAAUAUCCAGGCCUGGAUAGACUACGAUCAGCUGAAAGGAAAGCUUAAUGUGAGCAUCACAAUCGCGGGUCUACCCAAACCGCAGAGACCCCUCAUCUCUCUCGACAUAGACCUGUCCACUGUGCUCGAAGAUGAGAUGUACGUAGGGUUUUCCGCAGCCACGGGAAACUUUGCAGAAGACCAUUAUAUUCUGGCCUGGAGCUUUACAACCAAUGGAACCGCCCCGCCUCUGGAUGUAACUACUCUUCCUUCCUUCGCAAACGAUGAUGGUUCGAGUCGUCUCUCGAAGGGAUCCAUAGCUGGUAUUACCGUCGCAUGUGCAGUUCUAUUUUUUCUGACUGCGACUGGGAUGGUUAUGUGGACCAGAAGAAUGAAAGAGAGAGAAGAAGUUGUGGAAGAAUGGGAGCUGAAAUACUGGCCCCGCAGAUUCCCCUACCAGGACCUUAGCGAUGCUACCAAUGGCUUCCGUGAAGAGCAAGUAUUGGGCCACGGGGGCUUCGGUCGGGUUUACCACGGCGUUCUUCCCAAUAGCGGCCUGCCGGUGGCCGUCAAAUGUAUUACACGGGAAUUCACAGAAGGAAUGAAGGGUUUCAUUGCGGAGAUCACGAGCAUGGGACGGAUGCAGCACAGGAAUCUGGUACAGCUGCAGGGUUGGUGCAGGCGACAGAAGCAGCUUUUUAUUGUCUACGAUUACAUGCCCAAUGGCAGCCUCGAUAAAUUGAUCCUCGGAAGCCCCACAGCAGUGCUGCGAUGGUCUGCUAGAUAUAAUAUUCUCAAGGGGGUCGCUGCGGGGUUGCUGUAUCUGCACGAGCAAUGGGAGAAAAGGGUUGUUCACAGAGACAUAAAAUCGAGCAACGUGUUGUUGGACUCGGCGCUCAAUGGAAGACUGGGGGAUUUCGGGCUAGCCAAAUUGUACGAUCACAGCGAGAACCCGCAGACGACUCGUGUGGUGGGGACGCUGGGGUAUAUAGCACCGGAGCUCAUCCACACGGGGAAGGCCACGCCUAGCUCCGAUGUGUUCAGCUUCGGUGCUCUGUUGUUGGAGGUUGCCUGCGGAAGACGGCCCGUGGAUUUUUCCAGGGAUGAGGGGCAAGAAGUCUUGGUGGAAUGGGUUUGGGAGUUGUACACCAGAGAGAGUCUCCUGGACGCUGCGGAUCCUAAACUGCAAGGCGAGUAUGGAGUGGAAGAGAUGGAAAGAGUGCUGAAAUUGGGACUCUUGUGCUCGCAUCCGGAGGCGGAAAGGAGGCCUGGCAUACGGCUUGCGUUGCAAGUUCUGGAAGCGGAAGUUCCUGUGCCUUCACUGGACAUUGCUUCCUUUUCUCCGGCUGUCAUGACUCCCAGAGGGGUCUUUCGGUGCAAAAACCAAGGCCUCCCAUCGCCAGGAAAGUCUCAGCUGCAGCAGGAGGAAAACCAGUCAUUAGUCUGUAGCAGAUCAUUUUGAUUGCAGCACUGAUAUUUGUGGUCAGUCUAUUCCCUCUUGCCGUUAAAAGAGAGAGGCAAACUAAUUGCCCGAUCAAUCGGCCCUCCAUUGACGGCAAAGGCCAUAACAGGAGUUUGUGGGGCUGAAUAGAUCGGCUAUAUCCCAUAAUGGCCCGGGACUCUGAGGGAAUCAGUCAAUUGGGGUUUUACUGAUAAGAUCUUGGUCUUUUCUGCGUUUCAUAGAAAAGAGGCAAUGCAGGCGGGAUUAGUCCUACUGCCCUAUUAAGAUUGAAUCAUAUAGCACCUGCAUUGUGCAGCAGCUAGAUUUGAUGGUUUCCAUUUUCUCUAGUCUGUUAGCAGAAGUCUUUAGAAAUUAUAAAGUACCAAAGAAAUAGGAAUUCCUGAGAGACUAGGAUUGUAAUAUUUUAUUAAUAAAUUUAAUCAG